AUGAUUGUGUUUUUGCUCCUGCUGUGUCUUGCGGAUAGGGCACUCUCGCAGAUACGCUACUCAGUACCAGAGGAAGCGGAACAUGGCACGUUCGUGGGAAAUAUUGCAGAGGAUUUGGGACUGGACCUCACGAAACUUGCCUCCCGCCGAUUUCAAACCGUGCCCAGCUCCCGGACACCUUACUUGGAGGUAAACCUGGAGAACGGAGUGCUGUUCGUGAACGAGAAAAUCGACCGUGAACGAAUUUGCAAACAGAGUGCGAACUGCCUUCUGCACCUUGAGGUGUUCUUGGAAAACCCGCUAGAGCUUUUCCGAGUAGAGAUUGAAGUUGUUGACAUCAAUGACAAUCCACCCAGUUUCCCAGAGACCGACAUCACCGUGGAAAUAUCUGAAAGUGCGACGCCCGGUACUCGCUUCCCCCUCGAGAGCGCUUUUGAUCCGGAUGUCGGCAGUAACGCGCUGCGUACAUACGAUAUCACCACUAACAACUAUUUUUACCUGGAUGUGCAGACGCAAACCGACGGCAACAAAUUCGCUGAGCUCGUUUUGGAGAAGCCACUGGACCGAGAGCAGCAGGCAGUGCACCGAUAUGUGCUGACCGCAGUGGAUGGUGGCCAACCUCCACGGACCGGCACCGCACUGCUUGUGGUGAAAGUGCUUGACUCGAACGAUAACGUGCCCGUGUUUGACCAACCUGUGUACUCGGUGAGUUUGGCCGAGAACGCCCCCGUGGGUACGUUAGUGAUUCAGCUGAAUGCAACCGACUUGGACGAGGGUCAAAACGGAGAGGUCAUCUAUUCUUUCAGUAACCACAUCUCCGGCAGGGUCAAAGAGCUGUUCGACAUUGACGCACGAACCGGUCGCAUCGAGGUGAGAGGCGAAGUGGACUUUGAGGAGAGUAGCCUCUAUCAAAUUUAUGUUCAGGCAAAAGAUAUGGGACCCAAUGCCGUUCCAGCACAUUGUAAAGUUUUGGUAAAAGUCACUGAUGUGAAUGACAACGCACCGGAGAUAAUCUUCAGCACCGUAACAGAAUCUGUGAGUGAAAAUGCAGCCCCGGGCACUGUCAUCGCGCUGCUCAGCGUGACUGAUAAAGACUCAGAAGAAAACGGACAGAUUCAUGUGGAAAUACUCGGUGAUGUGCCGUUUAAAUUGAAAACCUCCUUCAGAAACUAUUAUACAAUAGUCACAGACGGUCCUUUGAAUAGAGAGAGCGCCGAGUCUUACACAGUGACUGUGGUUGCAAGAGAUAAAGGAAUCCCAUCUCUUGCCACAAGCAAAUCAAUUAAAGUUCACGUGUCCGAUGAGAAUGACAAUGCGCCGACGUUUACGCAGCCCAUAUACGACGUGUAUGUGACCGAAAACAAUGUUCCCGGUGCUUAUAUUUACGCCGUGAGUGCGCUGGACCCUGACGUCGGACAGAAUGCUUAUAUAACUUACUCCAUAGUGGAGUGUGAGAUCCAGGGUAUGUCUGUGGUCACUUAUGUGUCAAUCAAUUCGGAGAAUGGCUACCUCUACGCGCUCAGAUCUUUCGAUUAUGAGCAGCUUAAAGACUUCAGCUUCAUGGUACAGGCGCGAGACUCAGGUAACCCUGAGCUCUCAUCCAACGCCACUGUCAACGUCAUCAUAGUGGACCAGAAUGACAACCCACCGACCGUGAUUGCUCCCUUAGGUAAAAAUGGUACAGCAAGAGAGCCUCUGCCCCGCUCAGCUGAACCUGGCUAUUUAGUGACUCGUAUCGUUGCUAUGGACGCAGAUGACGGAGAGAAUGCUCGAUUGUCCUACAGUAUCCAGAGGGGCAAUGAGAACGGGAUGUUCCGUAUGGACUGGCGCACAGGUGAGCUGCGCACGGCGCGGCGGGUGUCCGCGAAAAGAGACCCUCAGCAGCUCUACGAACUGCUUAUCGAGGUACGGGAUCAUGGACAACCGCCCAUGUCCUGUAGCGCGACUGUACAGGUUAUGCUGGUGGAUAGCCUAGUGGAAGGCCACAGUGGAGAGCGUGGCUCAGCUAAGGCCAAGGACGCCUCUCUCGACCUUACACUCAUUCUCAUCAUAGCACUUGGAUCUGUCUCCUUCAUCUUCCUACUCGCUAUGAUUAUACUUGCAGUGCGUUGUCAGAAGGACAAAAAACUUAAUAUAUAUAGCACGUGCUUAGCCAGUGACUGUUGCUGUCUCCUUGGUUGCGGCUCGUGCAAUGGUGGAAGUGGCUGCUGCGGCAGGCAAGCCCGAGCAGCCCGCAAGAAGAAGAAGUUAAGUAAAUCGGACAUUAUGCUCGUGCAGAGUACUAACACUGCCAACGUCAGUGUGGCGAGCACUGCACAAGUCCCCGUUGAGGAGUCUGGGAGUUUUGGUUCUCUCCACCAGAGUCAGAAUUACUGCUACCAGGUCUGUCUGACCCCUGAGUCGGCCAAAACUGACCUCAUGUUCCUAAAGGCCUGCAGCCCGGCACGCAGUACCGACACCGAGCACAACCCCUGCGGGGCCAUAGUCACCGGCUACACUGACCAGCAGCAGCCCGACAUCAUAUCCAAUGGCAGUCUGCUUUCCAACGAAACUAAACACCAGCGAGCGGAACUUAGUUACCUGGUGGACAGACCCAGGCGCGUGAACAGCUCGGCCUUCCAGGAGGCGGAUAUAGUGAGCUCUAAAGACAGUGGGCACGGGGACAGCGAACAGGGCGACAGCGACCAUGACGCUAUGCAUCGUGGCCACUCCUCGGGAGCAGACCUGUUCUCUAACUGCACGGAAGAAUGUAAGGCGCUGGGCCAUUCCGACCGCUGCUGGAUGCCCACCUUCGUGCCCACCGAAGCCCGACAGGGGGCAGAUUACCGUAGCAACCUGCACGUGCCCGGCAUGGACUCGGUGCCAGACUCUGAGGUAUUUGAUGUGGAGGCGCCAGCGGGCGACCAGUCAUUCUCCACUUUUGGCAAAGAGAAACCACUCCAUCCAACUCAGACGCACCUCCACCACCUCCACCACAACCACCACCUCCACCACGCCUCCACGCUAGAGAGGAAAGAAUACGAUGCACUUCUGUGUAGCUCUCGUGCGCCUUACAAAGCCACUUGUCUGUCGCGGAAAAGGAUAUGUUAG